UAUUUGCAUGUGAACAAUUUCUGGGUUUUUCCUCAAAAUUUUUUGUUUGAAAACUUUUUUUUUUGUCUCCAGACGCUUGUCUUCGCGUGUGCUUGAGGACCCAUCUCUCUCUCUCUCUCUCUCUCUCUCUCUCUCUCUCUCUCUCUCUGUUGAGUCACUGAAAGCUUAUUUGAACGUAUGGAUUAUGGAUGGUAACUUCAGGAGCUUCAAGUUAUAAGAACCCUGGCCCAUAUGAUCUUCCCAUUGGGCAUAUUAUGUGACAAAUGCCUUGUAUGCUCUCGUCUGCCAUGAGAAGACAAGCUGUUUCUCUGUGCAUGAUUUCAGCUAUGGAGAGAGCAUUCUGUAGUUCAGCAUUGCUGGUUCUGGUUUUGCUUUUGGCCGCCAUUGAUGGUUCUUGGCAUUUGCAGUCAUCUCAAUCUCAGACCCUCUUUAGGCUCCAACAGCUCCUAUACUAUCCAAGGGUUUUAAGCAGCUGGAACAGCUCUACUGAUUUCUGCAACUCUGAACCAAACCCGUCUCUGACCGUUGUUUGCUAUGAAGAGAGCGUGACUCAGCUUCACAUUAUAGGAAACAGGAGGGCUCGUUUGUUACCGAAAAGUUUCUCUAUAGAUUCAUUUGUGACAACUCUUGUUAAGCUUCCCGACAUAAAAGUUCUCACCUUGGUCUCUCUUGGAUUAUGGGGUCCAUUACCUGGAAAGUUCAACCGUUUAUCCUCGCUGGAGAUUUUCAACGUCAGUUCCAAUUUUCUUUUCGGAGCAAUUCCUCAUGAACUUUCAUCACUGGCGAGUCUUCAGACCCUUAUACUCGACGAGAACAUGUUUUCUGGUCAGUUACCGGGUUGGAUUGGUUCUAUCUCUGGUUUGAAAGUGUUGAGUUUGAGAAAGAAUGCGUUCAAUGGAUCAUUACCUUCUUCCCUGAGUGGCUUGUCGGGUCUUAGAGUUCUCGAUCUUGCGAACAACCGCUUCAAUGGUGAAGUGCCCGAUUUAAGCCAUUUGACAAACCUUCAAGUUCUGGAUGUAGAAGGCAAUUCUUUAGGACCUCAGUUUCCUAGGCUUGGUAACAAGUUGGUUACUCUCAUACUGAGCAAGAACAGGUUUAGGUCUGGAAUUCCAGCUGAAGAAGUGGGUUCUUUUUAUCAGCUUCAACAUUUGGAUCUUUCCUCCAAUAUGUUCAUUGGGCCAUUUCCUAUGUCUGUUCUAUCUCUCCCCGGGAUAUCCUAUCUGAACAUCUCACAAAACAAAUUCACUGGACGACUUAAUUUGAAUCUUUCUUGCAACUCCGAGCUGAUGGUUGUUGAUCUAUCAUCAAAUCUUUUAACCGGAAGCUUACCUACCUGUCUUAAACCAAGCUCCAAGAGCAGACUGAUUGCAUAUUGGGGUAACUGUUUGGCUACCGGAGAUGAAAAUCAGCAUCCGGUUUCAUUCUGUAGCAAUGAAGCUCUGGCUGUCGGGAUUCUACCCCAGAGGAAGAAGAAGGUCUCGAAGGUUGGUCUUGCCUUGGGCAUAACUGCAGGUGUUAUUGGGGUGGUUCUGCUCGUUGGUUUCUUGUCAGUGUUUGUGAGAAGAGUAAAUUCCGAGAAAACAGCAAAGAAAGCUCCACCGAGAUUGAUCACGGAGAAUGCGACAACUGGAUACACAUCAAAGUUGCUGUCAGAUGCAAGGUAUAUUUCUCAGACAAUGAAGCUAGGUGCACUUGGUAUUCCAGCCUACAGAACAUUUUCACUGGAAGAGCUCGAGUAUGCCACUAAUAACUUUGAAACAUCUGCUUUCAUGGGUGAAGGUUCUCAGGGACAGAUUUAUAGAGGGAAGUUAAAAGAUGGAUCCUUUGUGGCAAUUAGAUGCUUGAAAAUGAAGAAAAGUUGCAGCACCCAAAACUUUAUGCAUCACAUUGAGCUAAUUGCUAAACUGAGGCACCGCCACUUAGUCAGUGCACUUGGACACUGCUUCGAGUGCUACUUGGACGAUUCUACCGUCAGCAGAAUGUUCCUCGUUUUCGAGUUUGUUCCAAAUGGGAACCUCAGGAGCUGGAUUUCUGAUGGGCAUAUGGGACGAUUGCUUACCUGGGAACAGCGUAUAAGUGCUGCGAUAGGGGUAGCGAAAGGGAUCCAGUUCUUGCAUACGGGUAUCGUUCCAGGUGUUUAUGCGAACAACCUGAAAAUAACUGACAUCUUGCUGGACAAUAACCUCGGGCCCAAAAUAAGUAGCUAUAACCUUCCACUGCUGGAGGGUCUUGGAAAGGCUGGGCAGGGAAUACAUUCGAGUGGGUCAAAAGAUAAUGCAGGGAUGAAAGACGGGGAUAAACUUGAUAUUUACGACUUUGGAAUGAUCUUGCUUGAACUGAUCGUGGGAAGACCGUUGAAGACAAAGAGUCAGGUGGAUGUUCUAAAGGAUCAGCUACAAGGAAGCAUUACGGUGGAUGAUGCUCGCAGAAGCAUGGUGGAUCCGACAGUCCACAGAGCGUGCUCUGACGAGUCUUUAAAGACGAUGAUGGAAAUAUGCAUGAGGUGUCUCCUCAAAGACACGUCGGAGAGACCAUCCAUUGAGGAUGUCCUGUGGAAUCUUCAGUUCGCGUCUCAAGUCCAAGACGGUUGGCUACACAACAGCAAUCCCCCCAGCAGCCGUGGCUCGCCCGUCCCAGCAGUGUCUUCCCUUCCUCCUCCACGUCUGCACUUAACGACUCUCGAGACUCCCCGAGAUUCAGGGUAUGGAGAGCAUGAGCGAUAAAGGCGAUGUUCUGUUUGGUUCUGGUGUUGUUGUUCCUUGGUAGACUAGUAUCUACAUAAGACUAUAUAUAUAUAUAUAUAUGUAUGUGUAUAUGUAUAUGCAGAUCAAAACUCUGUAACUCUGCAAUUAAUGUCUUUUUGGUUUUUGGGAAUGGCCAAGCUGUUCAUAUGAAUC